UUUCCCCUCCGCUGCUCUGCUCUCCUCCCUCAGUCUGAGCAAUGAGGGGCGACUAGCCUGUUUCUGUCGCCAGGCGAGUCACAAUGCUGCUUGUGGUCUCCUCCGUUUUUCUUUCAGCCGCGUUGAGGAGUUCACGAUGGACACAACUGACCGACUGACUGACUGACUGACUGACCGACCGACCGACUGACUGACUGACUCCCCGUCGCCGCUUUUCCUCUAAAUAACCCGGCACGUUAAGCCGUUUCUCAACAUGGAGACUUCAGAUAAGGGAAAUAAGUCCGACGAGGAGCCCGAAUCUCCCGAGGACGAAGAAGUUGACCCGAGAAUUCAGGGCGAGCUGGAGAAGCUGAAUCAGUCUACGGAUGACAUCAACAGAUGGGAAACAGAGCUGGAGGAUUCCAGGCAGAGGUUCCGUGCUGUCCUGGUGGAGGCUACGAUCAAGCUGGAUGAGCAGGUCAAGAAGAUUGGCAAAGCAGUGGAGGACUCCAAGCCAUACUGGGAAGCUCGGAGAAUGGCUCGGCAGGCUCAGGUGGAGGCUCAGAGGGCCACACAGGAAUUCCAGAGGGCCAUAGAGAUCCUGAGGGCAGCGAAGGAGACCAUCGCUCUGGCUGAGGAGAGGCUUCUGGAGGAGGACAGCCGACAAUUUGACUCGGCCUGGCAGGAAAUGCUCAACCAUGCCACCCAGAGGGUGAUGGAGGCGGAGCAGAGCAGGACCCGCAGUGAACUGGAGCACAGAGAGACAGCAGGAAAAUACAACGCAGCAAUCAGCCACAUGAGGCAACUGGAGAAGAAACUCAAACGCACCAUCAACAAGUCGCGGCCGUAUUUUGAAUUAAAAGCCAAGUAUUACCUUCAGCUUGAGCAACUGAAGAGGAGAGUGGACGAGCGGCAGGCUAAGCUGACCCAGGCCAAAGCGGAGUACAGGACAGCGCUGCGCAACCUGGAGACCAUCUCAGACGAGAUCCACGCCCGCCGGCGCCUCUCGGCCAUGGGGCCCCGGGGCUGUGGAGUGGGGGCCGAGAGAGACGGAGGAGCCGGGGACGACAUCGCCAACUUCAAGAUGGAGUCAGACGGCAUAUCCAUGAUUUCUGAGACCUUUGAGGAGGAGAGCUGUAACGGUGCUGCAUCAGAGGAGGAUCCAGAGACCCAGUCCACCUGCAGCUUCAGCUCUAACUCAGCCCCUCUGGACGUGCCCUGCCCGUAUCUACCCUCACCUUCCUCUCCCUACCCGCUGCUUUCUUCCUCCUGCCCCUUCCCCUCAUCGUCCUCUCCUCCGUCACCCUCACCCUCACACUGCCCUGGUGAUCUGGAGCUGCCUGAGCCAGACUCCCUGGAGGGUUUCGCCCUGGUUUCACCCGUGCUGGGCCCUCGCAGUGAGUGCAGCGGUGCCUCUUCACCUGAGUGCGACCAGGAGAGAGGGGAAAGGGCAGAAGGCGCAGAGGGAAGGCGAGACAACACUACAUCGGCGGGCAAUCAGAAAAGCACCACCUUGGAGGACAGCAUGACCCGCCUUUCUCUCAAACACACAGAAAAGAGCAAAGUGGAGAGUGGACCUUUCACUGUGAACCCCACACCGCCCCCAUUGCUGCUGCUCAACUCUGCUUAAAACAGAGGAAGGACUCGAUCACAUCUUCAGUAUUUGUGCCAAACCGUCACGCGUUGAAGGAACGUCUGUGUUCACCUCCGACCCCCUCCUUCCAGACUGACUCUCUUGGUGUUAUGGACUUCUCAUUUCAUUGAAGGGAUGGUUUUACAAGGAGUCCAGAGACAGACAGUGGUAGGAACUGGUGGUAUGUACAUGGAGAUGACCAUCACAGGACCACCACUGACUGGAUAUUGUAUGGGUGGACCGUUCUCAGCACAGCAGUGUUCCUGACGUGGUACAUGGUGCUGAUACAAGUGCAGCUCUGCCUGGAUGUCACUGACAGAAUGACCACAUCUACCUGUGUGUCCAGUUUGCACACCCCCUUGCAGUGUUAAUGUAUAAGCUUUUUGUUUUUUUGACUCUGUGGGUGCUGUGUUGUGUUGUAACUCCAGCUAAGCUCCCACCCUCUCUCUGUAUUUAAUCCUACAUGUUACUAUGGAACGUUGACCUAAAGUAGUGAAGAGCUCUAUAUUUAUAUUCGGCAUUCGUCUCAUUACCAUACUUGGCCAAUGUGUUGUCACGGCACAUUAUUGUUUAUCUAUGUAAUAAACAUAGGCUCAUGCCACAAGCGGCAUCUCAUGUCAUCCUUUUGGGUCACAUGAUAUUAAACAGCAGCACCUUU